CACCACUGCUUUACCAGACCACUGGUCUACACUGAUGAUCUGUGGACCUAAAGCAGGUCAGAUUUUUAUUGAGACGAGUGAUGUCUACACGUUAAAGUCUUAGCCAAAAAUAAGUCUUUGUGUGUUCACAUGGACAGGCAUUCUCCAUGAAUGCAUUUAUUUAGAGAUGAUAAAUCUAUAUUAUUCUAUAAAAGGAGAUAUUGGGAAUAUAUUUCUGGUUUGCUAUGAAGAAGAUGAUCACUAUUCUUCUACACCUGACUGCGGUGUUGGCGAGGACAGCAAGCAUUGAAGAUUCACCUGUGGAUAUAUUACAAGAUAUGAACUCUGUUUAUCCCAGAGAAUGCAGCUUUAUCUUCAUACUGCCAGAACCUGUGAAGGACACAACAGAAGAACAUGAUGAUGAAGGUAACAGUGUUAAGAAAGAACAUGCAUGCGGGAGGCAAAGGCGCUUAAACCAGCGAAUCAAACACCUGGAGCUUACUUUGGAUAGUUAUACUCGUCGUCUCCAAAGGAUUGAGGUCUAUGUAAAGGACAGCCUGACAGACAACACAAUGCACCUGUGGAAUAGCGCUGUACAUAGUGAUAUGAUAGCCAUGCUGGAUCUUGGCACCAGAUUGCUUUCCCAGUCAACCCAAUACAUGAGGACACUAACAGAAAUGGAGACACAGGUUUUAAAUCAGACAUCUAGACUUGAGAUCCAAUCAUUGGAAAGCUCCUUGUCCUCUGGCAAACUUGAGAACAAACUUCACCGGCAAACCAAUGAGAUUCAUCAACUCCAGGACACGACAGACACCCUACAGCAGCGCAUGCGUGACAUGGAGAUGCAUCAAAGCGCAGAACUGAGCUUGGUUAAAAGCGAGCAGACUGAGCUCCAGAGACACCUGGCUUCCCAGAGCUCCUCCAUACAGAACCUUGAGCUCAAUCUAAAUCUGAUCAUCACCAACAACAGCGCCCUCUAUCAGGAGCAAAUGCAACUACGCAGUACCAUCAAUGAUCUGCUUCAAAUCUGCUCCAAGAACAUAGUGCGUCUAAAUGUUUUCAAAGAAACGGAUGAACAGAGAAAAUACAAAGACUGUGGCGAACUCUUCAGGGCUGGAUUUACAGAGAGUGGAAUCUACACCAUCUACAUUAACAUGCAUGACACCCAUAAGGUCUAUUGCAACAUGGAGAGUGCUGGUGGGGGCUGGACCGUUAUCCAACUCCGAAAAGAUGGAACGCUGGACUUCCACAGAACCUGGAAAGAGUAUAAAAUGGGCUUUGGGAGUCUGUCCGGAGAACACUGGCUGGGAAACGAAUUUGUUUAUAAGUUAACCAGUCAGAAGCAGUACGCUCUUAGAGUCGAGCUGGUGGACUGGGAGGGCAAGAUGGUUUUCUCACAGUAUGACAAGUUUAACCUGGGCAGCGAGAAACAAAACUACAGGUUGUUCCUGAAAAGCUACAGUGGGACUGCUGGCAGGCAGAGCAGUUUGGUGAUAAAUGGGGCUGAUUUUAGUACAAAAGACGUGGAUAAUGACAACUGCAUGUGCAAGUGUGCAGUCCUGCUCACAGGCGGCUGGUGGUUUGAUGCCUGUGGUCCAUCUAACCUCAAUGGGAUGUACUACACCACUGGGCAAAAUUCAGGGAAACUUAAUGGCAUCAAGUGGCAUUACUUCAGAGGUCCCAGCUAUUCUUUACGUGCCACCACCAUGAUGAUCCGUCCAUUAGACUUUUGAAAUACACACUGAAAAUUCCCAAGGUUACACCUUAGGUUGUACUGUAUAACCAGUUUAUUUUUGUGGCAUUAAGCCUGUGUGGGAAUGUAUGACAUAUGUUACAUUUCUUUCGUUGUUUUCUUUACACAUUAUUGUCAUAACUCAUUUUAUUUUCUGUUGUUUGUAAUGCUUUCUUAAGUUCAUUUAAAAUUUACUGGAAUUUCUAUUUGGCCAGAAAAAAUGGUACUGAAAUAUAAUGUAUGCUCAAGCAUCUUGUGUAAUUUACACAAGGAAAAUGAGACACUAGUUACAGUAUAUACAGCAGGGAAAAUUAGUAUUUGACACAUCAGCAUCAGUAAGGGGAUUUCUAAGUGGGCUAUUGACACAAAAUGUCCACCAGAUGAAGCCAUCAAACCAAAUAUUGAAUUCACACAAAUAAAUCAGAACAUUUAAGUAUACAAGUUGAGUCAUAAUAAAUACUUUGUAGAAAAGCCUUUGUUGGUGAUUACAGCUUCUAAACGCCUCUUGUUUGGAGAGACUUUUGCUCGUCUGCAUUGCUCAGGAGUGAUUCUGGCCCAUUCUUCCACACAAUGGUCUUUAUAUCUUGAAGGUUCCUUGGGCCUCUUUUAUGAACUUUGAUCUUCAGUUCUCUCUAUAGAUUUUCUAUGGGAUUUAGGUUAGGUGAUUGACUGGGCCAUUCAAGCAACUUGAUAUUCUUUCUUUGAAACCACUUCAUUUUUUCCUUGGCUUUGUGUUUGGGAUCAUUGUCUUGCUGAAAUGUCCACCCUCUUUUCAUUUCCAGCUUUCUGGUAGAUGGCAGCAGAUUUUAUCCAGAAUGUCCCGGUACAUUUCUCCAUUCAUCCUGCCUUCAAUAAUAUGAAGUUUGCCAGCUGAAAAGCAGCUCCGAACCAUGAUGCUUCCACCCCAAAACUUAACUGUUGGUAUUGUGUUCUUGGGGUGGUGGGCAGUGCCAUGUCUUCUGCAAACAUGGUGACUGCCAAAAAGUUAAAUUUUGCUUUCAUCUGACCAUACUAUAGUCUCCCAAUAAUCCACAGGCUUCUACAAAUGCGCUUUCGCAAAAUUUAACUGAGCCUCAACAUGCUUUUUGUUCAGCAAUGGAGUCUUGCGUGGUGAGCGUGCUUAGUUGCCAUGGCGGUUCAGUGCAUUGCUUAAAGUUUUCUUUGAAACAACAAUACCUGCUGAUCCAAGGUCUUCCUGAAGUUCUGCCCGAGUGGUUCUUCUGCUCUUGGAGGAACUCUCUUGAUUAUUCUUUGGACUCCUCAGACAGGGAUCUUACGUGGAGCACCUGAUCGUGGCCGGUUUAUAGUGAAGUGAUGCUCUUUCCAUUUCCGAAAAAUGGCUCCCACAGUACUCACAGGAUCAUUCAGCAUUCUGGAAAUGCGCCUAUAAUCAUUCCAAUCAAAAUGCUUUUCAACGAUAAGAUUAUGAAGAUCUUGAGAGAGUUCUUUGUUUUUACCCAUUAUUAAGUGUGCCUCCUGGGUAAUGAGAAGCCUUUAUUGGCCAUCAAUUAGGACUAAAGCAGCUGAUAUCAAUUAGUACUGAUAGGGGGCAGGGUUUCUCUCUCAAUACUGACAGAUUUCAGGUGAUCUCCUGGCUUUCUAUGCCAUUUUGAACCUUGUUCUCUUCAUAUGUUCAAUACUUAUUCCCUAUGUCAUUUCACUUUAUUUAUUAUGACUCAACUUGUAUACUUAAAUGUUCCGAUGUCUUUGUACUGUGUGAAUUUAAUAUUUGGCUUUUUGGAGUUACGUUUUGGCAAAGAUUCUUCAUAGAAUAAUAAAUGUGCAUUAAUUGUGAACUAUUAGUGGAUUUUGUAUCAUGCAAGGUAUAUUUUUAUACAUUUUAAAGCAUUUAACUGUACCAAGCUGAGAGAACAUGUCAUCAAUAAACGCUGAAUAUUACAGAAUGAUGUGUGCAGUAACUGUUAGUGGUUGUAAUCUAGUGAAACUGAAAUGUUUUCAAAUGUAAUUUGAAUAAACUGUUGACAAACCAACCAAGCAAAGUUAUUUUCCAUGUUUGGUCUGGCCUGACUUGAUUUAUAGGCUUUAGAAGAAACGACUCUUUGUUUGUGCAAGCAUGUCGCCCUACAAAAAUGAAACUGUAUCCUCAAAACACAGCAAAGGUUAAUGAAAGUAUGAAAGAUAUCUGAGAUAAUUGCUGAAAAUGUAUUAGCUUACUGUAAAAGUG